GCCUGUAUCUGAAAAUUUGUGUUAUAUGUUGGUCGAUCUUAACUGAUUACGAGACAUGAUUAAUUAGGUAUAUUCACCCUGCACUGCUAGUUUACAAUAUCAUACAAUGCGUGCCCAGUGCUCUGUCUGCCAGGAGCUCUUUGGUGACUCUGAUGUUGUGAUGGCUCCACAGUGUGGUCACACAUUCCAUAGCACCUGCAUCACACAAUGGCUUGGAACUAAAAAAUCUUGCCCUACGUGUCGUCAAACAACAUCUGUUGACAAGCUUGUGCGGAUCUUCUUUGACAUUGCUUUCACUGCUGAUGUUGAUUCAGCAGACCUGCAGCAGAAGAUGGAUGAAAUGUCUUUAGAGUUUCAAGUUGUUCAGCGUGAAUUACGAGAAGUCAGACAAGAGAACGUAACUUUAAAGAAAAAGUCCAAUAAGUAUUGUAAAGAAAAAAAAGAAGCUCUAGAAAAAGUUCGCGACUCGGAAAUCGCCAUCAACAAUCUACAACAAAGGGUCGAAUUUCUAAAUAAGCAAGUAAAGAAUUUUGGCAUCGUGGAAGAUGAGCUGAGAACAUGCAAAGAAAAGCUUAAGCUGAUGGAGAACGUCCAGCAGAUUGUUAACUCUACUCAUGAAGAAGUUCAAGAAAUGCUAGAGCAGUAUGGUGAUCAUUCGGAAACGGCGAGGUCAUUAAGUACUCAAUGCGUAAUCCUAAGCAGGGAGCUAAAUGCUAAAGUACUACUAAAACAGAAAGCCGAGGAAGAUCUAAGGAAAUGCCGGCGACUGCUAAGCACUUUCCGCGUUGAAUUGCAACAAACCAAAAAGGAGUUGAAAGAAAAAGAAGAGCAGUCUUGCUUGGCAGAAGAAGAUAUAAAGAGAUAUACUACAGAAAAUUCAAAGUUGCAAGAAAAGCUCAAGGCUCUCACAGAAUCAAUUUCUUCACCCAGUGGUGAUCCUCGCAAUUCGGCCUUGUCGCGUUUACUCAAUGAAAGCCCGGCCCCUGUUAAUCUUCGCAUGUCAAACCUUCUUGCUGCAACACCAGCGACGCCGUCGACGCCUCUAGUGCCACUCAGAGUGAAAGGUGCAAACGUUCCCUCGUCCAGACUCAUCUUAUCAUCCCAAAAUAUGUCGAAUAUGCAGCCGAAACUUAGCAAUCCUGAACAAGAACAGGCAACCGGUAGUAAUGAGCGAAAGGAAGGUCGCAAAGCAGAUAGUUUAUCCGCACCCAUUGAUCCUGAAUCUCUGAAAUUUAAGCGAAUGAAAGUCGAUCCAGUUCCGUCAACAAGUGGAUAUUUCUAUGAUGGCUUUGGAGGUCACUCUAAACCAGAUAUUUAUCCAAGAGGUGCAUCUAGUUCGUCGUUUUCGGCUACCGCCAAGAAGAAGAGAGGACCAGUAACCAUGAAAAUCAAAGGUAAAACUCAAACCACAACAUUAGACUACUUUUAUUCUCAAUAAUGUGCCGUAUUUGUUUUUGUCAAAGAUAUAUUGUACCAAAAUACAAAUUAUAUUUUGUACCA